UACCUAUCGAGUUUCACAACGUUCAACUUUCAAAUUUUAGUUCGUUGACUUUUUGUCUACGUUUACAGAGUGACAUAAUAAAAAUAUUUCAUAAUUUCGACCGUAUACCAUAGAAUCGUUAAGUUCUGCAGGAAUCUCGGGAAAAGGUUCCGGAAUGUAUGCACGCGAUCUUCAAAUAAUGGCAACCAGACAAGCGAAAUGAAGAAAACCCUUAUAAUAGCGAGGAGUCCAGUUUGUACUAUCGACGAUGAAUUAAAAAUGGGCUCAACGACCAUCGUGAUUCUUCGCGAAUGUGCGAUAAUAAGAUCUCCGCUAUCCACUCCGAAUACCUCGUGUAGAAAUCGAAAGCUCCGAAAAACUAUGCGCUGAUGAAGCAACAAAAUUCGUCCGAUUGAAAGAAGUUUCAGCGAAACUUACAAGCCGGAGGAAAAUUAACGCGAUAGAAUUUGGAGAGGUACCUAUCUUAAAAUUCAGAAUGGAAGAGAAAGACGAAGAAUCGGCAUCUUUCGAUGGAUCUGCUUAUAUCUUGACUUUUGAAUCACUCAAAGUGUCUCUGCAGAGAAAUGAAAGUAUAUCGGUAAUUGAUCAGCGACAAUCAGGCUCGUACAAAUCUACAGAGAGAGUUAAGUCAUCCUGCUGUAAAGGUGGAUGCUCAAAAUCGUGCACGGAGUAUAGAAAAACCAGUUGGAAUGGACCUCAAACGUCAGACCGGGAACCGCAAACGUUGCGUGAAUCAUUCUAUCGUCAAAAGAAGCCCGAGACAAAGCCCGCGGCAGAAGUGCCACUGUUCGGCCAACUGAAAACGAAAAUGAAAGAAACGUCGAGGAAGUUGCAGGAGACAACGAGACGUACCGCGGCGAGAGCGAGGUCCUUGUAUGAUCGCCUCAGACCGUGGCGAGUAUUGGGAUUCAAGUGCGACGUGAAAAAAUGCGAUAGCACGUUAAUGGGCUGCAGCGCGGGAGCUUGCAGGAAAAAAAGUAUGAUUUUCGGUGAACCCAGUCGUCGUCCGUGCGGUUCGAAAACGGCCGAUUCUUGCGUCAGCGACACCUCGACACUAUCGAGCACAAGUGAAGAUACCGUCUAUACUAUACCUCUCAUAAAUUCGAUUUGAUCGCUCAAAUGCCAUCGAAACGUCAAUCGACGGCAUUCGCCGUGCGCUUCGGGAGGAGAGGGGAAAAAAGAUAAAUAAAUAAAACUCUCGGGGAUUGUCAGGUGCGAUUCUCUGGUUUACGCGGGCGUUAAGUAGCGAUAUAUCACUGCCUAGGCGUACAGCAGGUAAAUCGACUUUUAUUGCUUUAUAGCGCUUGUAAGCCCCGCGCGCGCGCCAUUCCAAGUCGCACGUGUAAUCUGGAAUGUAAAGAGCUCGUUAUUACGGCGGUGCUAUUCAUGAAUCGGACUCCUAACUGACAACGAGACUACACACGUUGAUAGGCGGAUAUGACCGCGAUACUUUCUGCGGACGCGGCGCGAGUUAUCGCUUCGUCGAUUCUUUUUCUUUAUUUUUUUCUUUGCGUGCGACAGAAAAUUUCAAUUGUGCCCAACGAAGCACAUAAUUCACCUUCUACGUUAUAUUACUUAUAAAUUCUUGCGCCACUAUCCAACGCCAAACGACAUGGAAAGAACGAUUUUGCUGGAAGGUCUAAAAAUUCUGUUGGGAAUUCAAACUGGUUAUUAGAAUAUCAAAACGUUUUACAGUAAUGCUCAUCAUCUUUCGUUCUUUCCAUGCAGCCAAAAAUUUCAAUAUUAUAUCUUAAAAAAGCGUAUAAUUAAAUCAGCUGUUAUAGUAUAAUUAAAAAUCAUUUUCAAAAGAAAUUCAUUUAAAUUUGGUUACCUACAUUUUGGCAAAUUUUUUAAGGGGAAAUUUACGUUAAUUCAAAUUUAAUUAAUUUGUUUAGAAAAAUUUAUUUUGUUGACUCUUUUUUAUUCGGCUGUCCGAACGUCUAUACUUAUACCCGUAAUCGAGGAACGAAGAUGAUUCAUGCGCGACCUGUCCUGCACCCAAACCGAGGUCCCACCGCUCUCACCCGCGCGGAUCGCAUAAAUCGCGUGUUUUCCUUCUUAUUGGCUGAUUGAAUAAUACAUGUAACUGAAUAGUAUUAAACCGGCUGAACGGGACACGCAAGGUCCAUGACGCCUGUCAUGUCGGGCGGGUCAUGCGUCAGCAUUUUGACGAGUUGUUUAGGUCGGAUCAAUUUAUCGCUUAAAGAUACACACGGAAUAUGGCUGUUGCGCCUGUAUUUGUCGAUGCGGAAUUAACAACUGUGAUGUAAGAUAAGACCGCGGAUUUAUGAACGCUGUCUACUAUCAAUUCAUCAUUUCGCGUCCAUUAUAUACGUCCGCCUUGAACCAUUGGGCCAUUCGAUCGACACGUCACGUUCGUAACUAUUAUUUACAUUAUUGCUCAUAUUUCUGUGAAAUGAGAUAUCCUCAGUCAAUCGCCACUUAAUCUGACAAGGAUUUGAUUACGCAUGAGGAGGGAAAAUUUCCCCGCAAUUUUUCCAAUUCAUUGAAGUUUAUUCGAGAGGUGAUAGACACUCGCGACGCGCCUCUUCUGUUCAUUACAGUAUUUUUACGCGGAAUGAGACAUUAUAUGUAGUUGAUCCAAGCGUACGGCAUCUAAUGGUCCCCGACAUCCGUAAACGCGCGCGAGAAAUUACGGUACAAGUAAAACGUCAAAGUAAUACCAACUGAGAAAUAUACAAUUUCCAUUACG